UCGCCAGAGCAACAAUUACCGAUGAACGCACCUGCCUUACUUCUCGCGCUGCUGGUGGCGGCAGCCUCGCCUGCCUCAGCAACGGAUCAGACAUCGCAUGCUGAAAUGCCACGCGCUAGCGAAUCCUCGGAAACGUUUGUCCUGCAAACGAACCUACAAACGAACUUAUUCUCAACCUGCGCUGCGGAGGCGAACUCUGUGUCAGGAAGCCUUUACUCCAUCGAGCUGGGCACCUCAGAGUUCGUUGAGCUGACAAGCUCGAGCACUCAAAACAUCACGUGGGUUGUCAAGAGCGGCGUCAAGUCUACCAUCGAUUGCGCCCAGGCUACUUUGGAUGCAGGCAAACUCAUGUUCAAGUACAGCGGCGGCACCUGCAAGGUGGCCGCGAAGGGAAUCUACGACCCAAGCCAGCCCUCGUGUACUGGAGAGACGGUCUACGUUCUAAGCAAUACAACGACGGCUUGCUUCACCUCCCUGGGCGCGUUCUUGGACGGUGAGAGGAUCACAACCGACGGAAAUUGCACCUCAACCUGUGCUGCAGGCAGCGUAGUAAGCGGAGGUGGGACUGUGCUAACAAAUCUUCAAGAGGAAACGCUACACUGCUGCAACAACACCAAGUCCCCCUGCGUUCACUUUUGCGGCUGCGGCCCAGCGUGCGGCAACGUAUUUAGAAAAGAAUACUUUUGUGAUGCGGUGGCCGUUUGCGCUUACCAUGGACUGCUCCUGGCCGAGGUUGACACGCAAGCGAAGCUCAACGACAUACUGGAUAUCAUCAGUCAACAGGAUCCAAACGUUGAGCAAUUUUGGGUAAACAUACGAAGAAUCAACGGAAGUUGGGUCCAUGUUCCUAGCAACAAACCUGUGGCUGCGAGUGAUUGGGGCAGAACUCCUGUAGACACCGAGUGCGCGUACAUGGAUAAAUAUAACGAGGGUGGUCUUCCUCUACUCAAAACCGCGCCAUGCGACGGGAACAAACGUGCCUUUCCUUGCGUCGAUCCCACUAAAUCUCUGCCAGUUUGCUGAGUCAACUUUUGAAUAGAUUUUUGUCAAGAAAGUCUUAUUUAUCGAAUUUCCGCCGAAGGAGCAAUAAAAAGCAUUAUUGAGAAC